ACCACCACCACCACGCCCGCCUCGCUCCGCCCUUCCGCCUGACCACAGCCUCGCCUCAGCGCCGCACACGCCUGCUACGCCGGCACACCCCGCCCGCGCCGUCUGCUCCGCACCUGCGCAGCCGCGCGGCCGGCCCGCCGCUGCUGCUGCCGCCAUGUCGCUCGUCUCGCCCGCGUGGAUCGCGCACGACAAGGAGGGCGACGGCGGCACGACGAAGCGCAGCACCAUCUUCAGCGUGCACGUGCAUCCCGACGGCAGCCGCGUGGCGACGGCGGGCCUGGACUCCAAGAUCCGCAUCUGGGCCACGGCGCCCAUCCUCGACGCGGCGCUCGAGGCCGACACGAGCGCCAACCGCCUGCUCUGCACGCUCUCGCGCCACACCGGCUCGGUGCUCGUCGUGCGCUGGUCGGCGUCGGGCCGCUUUCUCGCCUCGGGCUCGGACGACACGAUUGCGCUGAUCUGGGAUCUCGACCCGACGGGCCUCUCAGGCGGCGCCUCGUUUGGCGCCGCACCGUCCGAGGUCAACAUCGAGGCGUGGCGCCCGCACCGCCGCCUGGCGGCGCACGAGUCCGACGUCGUCGAUCUGGCGUGGUCGCAGGACCUCGACGACACGUACCUCGCCACCGUCGGCCUCGACUCGGCCGUGUACAUCUGGGCCGGCGCGCGGACCGCCGGCGGCGGCGCGUUUGAGCGCAUCCGGCGCAUCGACUCGCACGCCGGCUUCGUCAAGGGCGUCGUGUGGGACCCGCUCGGCAAGCUGCUGGCGACGGCGUCGGACGACAAGACGCUGCGCAUCUGGCGCGUCUCGGACUGGGGCGAGGAGGCCAGCAUCACCAAGCCGUUCGAGACGAGUCCGAGCACCGUCUUCUUCACGCGGCCAAGCUGGUCGCCCGACGGUGCGCAUGUGCUCUGCGCCAACGCCAUGUCCGGGCCGGUGUUCGUCGCGGCCGUCGCGCACCGCCGCGACUGGAACAGCGACAUUUCGCUUGUCGGCCACGAGAACAGCAUCGCCGUGACGGCCUUCUCGCCCCGGCUGUUCAAGAAUCGCAACCCCAACGAGGACGGCCAGCCGUGCACCGUGAUGGCGCUCGGCUCGCUCGACCAGAGCGUCAGCGUGUGGAUCACUGGCCAGCCGCGCCCGCUGCUCGUGGCGCGCGACGUCUUUGAGCGGCAGGUGAUGGACCUCAGCUGGUCCUCCGACGGCCUGACGCUCUACGCCUGCUCGGCCGACGGACGCAUCGCCGUGUUCAUCUUCACCGAGGAGUUUCUCGCGCCGCUCGCCUCGGAUGAGGCGCUCGAGGUCGCGCGCCAGUCGUGGGGCUGGCAGAAGACGUCGCGCGCCGCCUCGCAGGCCUCGGUGGCACCGAGCGUGUCGUCGGGCACGAUGGAGCGGCCUAACGUGCUGAUGGCUCGCAAGCGCGGCGGCGUGCCGCCGGCCUCCAAGGCAGGCGGGCUGCCGGCGCCGGCUGCUGCUCGUCCCGCGCGUCUGGUGCAGGUCAUCACGCGCGACGCCAAGGGCCGCCGUCGCAUCCGCCCGACGCUUCUGUCCGGCGAAGAUUCCAGCGCCGACGACGGCUUUGCGCACCAGGACAUGGACAUCGACAUGUCGAUCGGCGCCAGCGCCGCCGAUCUCGGCUUCAAGCGCCCGGCCGAGGAGGAGCUGGCCGCCGACGCGCGUCCGCAGCACCGCCAGCGCGACGUCGGACGCACCCUCGGCGGCGAGCUCGCACGCACGGCCGCGGGCCCGGCCGUGGCGCUGCGCGGCGCUACUUUCGCCGGCGGCAGCGUGGCAGCCGACGGUGCACAGAUGCUGCCGACGCCCGCGCUGAUGAGCGUGUACCGCCGGGAGCGGCCAGAGGGCACGCUUGAGGCGCGCAACUCGGACGGCGCGCAGCCCACGCAGCUCGUCCAGAUGGACCCGGCCGGCCGCGUGCUGUGGCUCGAUGUGCUCCCCGCGCCGGUGCUGCUUGCAACCAGCACGGCGCAGUUUGCCGCCGCGGCGCUCGACGACGGCUCGCUCGUGCUGUACACGGCCAAGGGCCGCCGCAGCGCGACGCUGCAGCUCGAUGCGCCGUGCUACCGGCUCGAGGCGGCGCGCUCAACGCUCGUGGCGGUGACGACGUCCGGCCUCGUGCACCGCUGGGACGUGCCCGGCGACCGCGAGCUGCACCGGCCCGUGUCGCUGCGCGGCCUGCUAGCGCCCGGCGGCGACGCGCUGCUGCAGUUCUGGGUGCACAGCAACGGUGCGCCUGUGCUGCUGCUGCGCAACGAGACGGCCUACACGCUCGACGCGCGCAAGCUGGCGUGGGUGUGCAUCGCCUCGAGCUGGUGGGCCGACAGCAGCGCGCUUUGGGACGUGCGCGGGCGGCGCGGCGCCGGCGAGUCGAGUGCUGCGGCGCGCGAGCCCGUCAAGGCGCUCGAGGUCGAGAUCAACGACUUGGUCCUAUCGCGCGGCACGACGGGCCAGCGUGCGCACGCGGCAGUGCCGGCCGGCGCGCCGGGCGCCGAGGAGCUAGCCGUGUCGUGUGCGCUGCGGCACCUCGAGACGCGCAUGCUGGCGGCGACGCUGCUCGACUCGCCGGGCGAGUACCGCGUGCACCUGCUGGCGUAUGCGCGCAAGCUUGCCGACGAGGGCAUCCGCAACCAGGCCGAGGACCUGUGCAAGAGUCUCUGCGGCCCAGUGUACUACAAGCCGGGCAUGCCCGAGACGUGGGAGCCGACGGUGCUCGGCCUCGCCAAGCGCGACCUGCUGGCCGACGUGCUCAAGGCGAUGGGCAAGUCGCGCCUGCUGCUCGGCCUCGUGCAGACGUACCAGGAGCUGCUGCGUGCCAUUGCGGCGCCGUGAGGCAGCCGUGCCGUGCCGUUCCGUGUGUGUCACCUGUUACCCUGUAUCAACCAUGCCGUGGCGCAUCCC